GGCCCCGCUCCGCCCGGCUCGGCCCGGCCUGGCCCGGCACCGCGCUCCCACCGGCUCCCCGCACGGCCGGCUGCGCGCCUCGCCUUAGCAAACCUUUGAUUUUUUUUUUUCCUUUUUCCCCGGUUUCUUGCCGGUUUCCCCCCGCGGUGCCCGGCAGCAUGGGGCUGCCGGCGCUGGAGUUCAGCGAGUGCUGCUUAGACAGCCCGCAGUUCCGGGAGAGGCUGCGCUCCCACGAGGCCGAGCUGGACAAGACCAACAAGUUCAUCAAGGAGCUCAUCAAGGACGGGAAGUCGCUCGUCGCCGCCCUCAAAAACCUGUCGGCCGCCAAGCGCAAGUUUGCGGAUUCCCUCAAUGAGUUCAAAUUCCGCUGCAUCGGCGACGCCGAAACGGAUGAUGAGAUCUGCAUAGCCAAGUCUCUGCAGGAGUUUGCCACGGUGCUGCGGAACCUGGAGGACGAGCGGAUGCGCAUGAUCGAGAAUGCCAGUGAGGUGCUGAUCACGCCGCUGGAGAAGUUCCGCAAGGAGCAGAUCGGGGCUGCCAAGGAUGCCAAAAAGAAAUACGACAAGGAGACUGAGAAGUAUUGUGGUGUCCUAGAAAAGCACUUGAACUUGUCUUCUAAGAAGAAAGAAUCCCAGCUUCAGGAGGCAGACAGCCAGGUGGACCAGGUUCGCCAGCAUUUCUACGAAGUCUCUCUAGAGUACGUCUUCAAGGUGCAAGAGGUCCAGGAGAGGAAGAUGUUUGAGUUUGUGGAACCUCUGCUGGCAUUUCUGCAGGGGCUUUUCACGUUCUACCACCAUGGCUACGAGCUUGCAAAGGACUUCAGCGAUUUCAAGACAGAGCUGACGAUCAGCAUCCAGAACACAAGAAACCGUUUUGAAGGAACAAGAUCAGAGGUUGAAGCUUUGAUGAAGAAGAUGAAGGAGAAUCCUCAUGAGCACAAAAACAUCAGCCCUUACACGAUGGAGGGUUAUCUCUACGUGCAGGAGAAGCGUCACUUUGGGACUUCCUGGGUGAAGCAUUACUGCACGUACCAGAGGGAAUCGAAGCGGAUCACGAUGGUACCAUUUGACCAGAAAUCAGGAGGAAAAGGGGGAGAAGACGAAGCUGUUACCCUGAAAUCCUGCACACGGCGGAAAACAGACUCGAUCGAGAAGAGGUUUUGCUUUGAUGUGGAAGCUGUGGAUCGGCCGGGCGUCAUCACCAUGCAGGCGCUUUCGGAAGAAGACCGGAGGCUGUGGAUGGAGGCAAUGGAUGGCCGGGAACCGGUGUACAACUCAAACAAGGACAACCAGAGCGAAGGCACUGCCCAGCUGGACAGUAUCGGCUUCAGCAUCAUCAAGAAGUGCAUCCAUGCUGUGGAAACAAGAGGGAUCAAUGAGCAGGGUCUCUACCGGAUUGUUGGAGUAAACUCCAGAGUUCAAAAGCUGCUCAGUAUAUUAAUGGAUCCUAAAACAGCCACAGAGACAGAUACAGAGAUCUGUGCAGAGUGGGAGAUCAAGACCAUUACAAGUGCACUGAAAACAUACCUGAGAAUGCUCCCAGGGCCCCUCAUGAUGUACCAGUUUCAAAGGAGCUUCAUCAAAGCAGCGAAACUGGAGAAUCAGGAGUCCAGAGUCUCAGAGAUCCACAACCUCGUUCAUCGGCUCCCGGAGAAAAACAGGCAGAUGCUGCAGUUGCUCAUGAACCACUUGGCAAAAGUUGCAGAUAAUCACAAGCAGAACCUGAUGACUGUUGCUAAUCUGGGUGUGGUGUUUGGGCCGACACUGCUGCGACCUCGAGAAACAGUCGCUGCCAUUAUGGACAUCAAAUUCCAGAACAUCGUGAUUGAAAUUUUAAUAGAAAACCAUGAGAAGAUAUUUAACACGGUGCCAGAGACUCUGGCGUCGAACUCACAGCUGCUGUUAUCCCGCAAGAAGAGCAUGGACUCGAAGCCUCCCUCCUGCAGCGAGCGGCCGCUGACGCUCUUCCACACGCCCCAGCCCAACGAGAAGCAGGAGAACAGGAACAGUAUCAUCAACUCCAGCCUGGAAUCCGUCAUCUCUUCAAAUGUAAACAGCUUCCUCAACUCCAACAGCGCUCCCCAGCCCAGCCACUCAAGUGAUCUUGAACUAGAAGUAAUUAAACCCAACAGGCCAAAUUCCCCUCCCCAAAAUCCAAGCCCAACGUCACCCCUCUCACCGUCCUGGCCCAUGUUCUCUGCGCCAUCAAGUCCUAUGCCCACCUCCUCUACGUCCAGCGACUCAUCCCCCAUCAGCUCCCCACUGCGCAAAGCCCGCGCACUCUACGCCUGCAAAGCCGAGCACGACUCAGAGCUCUCCUUCACGGCCGGCACCGUGUUUGACAACGUUCACCCAUCCCAGGAGCCUGGCUGGCUGGAAGGGACCCUCAAUGGCAAGACAGGAUUGAUCCCCGAGAACUAUGUGGAGUUCCUAUAACUGUGGGUUUGUGCAGCACCACUGCUGAGUGUUCCAUGGUAUCCAUGGCGGAGUCCUGCAGGCCCCUGUGUGACGUGGGGUGAGGACAUCCCUGUGCCCGCUGGAUGGAUGUUUGUGUGGAUCAUGACAUGCUCCUCUCCUCCCGGUGUGCGCUCCAGGGCUGCAUGGGAGCAGUCCUGGGGAGAUGGAGAGAUGCCCGAAGCCCGUAUCCCAGUGAUGAGAAAACCAGGAAAGGGACAGCUCCACACUGCAGCCAAGUGCUCCAAGGGGCCAAGUCUGCAGACUGUGAAUGGCACAAGAGCCCCCGAGCUGGGUGUUCCUCACAGCAGGACCGUUCACUGGCUGCAUGGAGCAUCAGUGGGAGCUGUGGGACCCCCACUCACCAGUGUUCCUGCCAAGGAGGAGCGGCCAGCAGCGAGUCCUGUGCUCCCAGAUCCUUCCCUGCAUUCCAGCCAGCCUGAACGACACUCUCCAUGCUGCCAGGGAGCACCCUGACCUUGGGGGCAGGGGAAGGGUUGGGGUGCUUUUGGCUGACACCAAACCCCAGGCUGGGGCUGCAGCAGUGCUUUGAGGGGGCCGAGCCCCCCGUGGUGGCUGGGGCAGCCCUGGUGAGGCGACCGCCCUCCUCGUGCCACCGCAGUGCCGGGUCCUGCAGGCGAGAGCGAGCCCUGGGUGGGCUCUGUGGGGGCUCAGGGUUGGUGGGGCUCAGCAGGUGCUGGCAUGGCAGAGUAAGGAUAUUUUGGACCAAACCUCUCAAGCUCUUUUUUUUUUUUUUUAAGGAUUUCGAUUUUUGUGAGAUAAACCUCAGUGCUGGGUGAGGUGAGCAGCCCACACUGCCUUCCUGGUGCAGCCCCAGACAAACCCUGCUGUUUUUUGGCUAUUUGGUACCUCCACUUCCCAAUUCCCAUUGCACAGACACGUCCAUGCUCCCACCAGUGCCCAGGCCGCUGAUGUGCCGUGUUGAAGCUGUGUCUGCCACUCUCCAGCACUGUUUUUUAGGCAUCUCCUUGCUUGCAGCCUGGUGUGUUGUCUGUCCGUGCCAAGUCUGUGCAGUGCUGCUUGUGCAAGGUGAAUUAUUUCCAUCCUCACAGAGCAUUUGCUGUUGGUGUGGUCAACCUGGGGUCUGUGGAGAGCAAAGGACGAGCCCUUCAGCUCCAUCUGCCCUCAGAGGAUGCUCCUGCUCCGUGUACACACUGCGAGGGCUCAGCAGAGCGAAUGUGCAAGUCCCUCAUCAUUCCAGAUCAUUUUUACGGGGGAGGGUGGAAGAAGGAGCCCUGUUUGACUGCAGAACCAGGAUAUUGAGAGCUGGAAUUAUUAUAUUUUAUAAAAGAAAGUCUCAAAAGAACCCCCAGCCCAUGGUGGUGAGUCCUGCACCAAAGCGCCGCUGCCGCCGCCCUGGGGAUGGAUGUCGUGGCUUUUUGUAAUAAUUUUUAAGACUCUGAGUGACUGAAUUGCUGUAUGUGUCACUUUUUAUUUUUGAAAGAAUUAAUGUAUAAAUAGAGUAUCUUAAAAUAUUAUGAGGGAAAGAUCUAUAUUUGAUAUUUUUAGAAGAGCUGUAAUGAGAGAAGUGAAGGACAUUUGAAACCUGUCACAGAGACACUCCCAAACACCCUGAUCCCCCACCUCCCCCAGCCUUGGGCUGCUGCUUCGUUUGCUCUGUGGUGUCACUGAGAGAGGAGGGAGCUGAAAUUUCAGCCUUCUUCACGUUUCUUCCACAGUAAUUAAACUUCCUGGGCUUUUGUCUUGGGGGAAAAAAAAAGAGGAAAAAGUCAAUCAUUUUUUUUCUGCUUUCCGUGGCAGGCAGCACAGAUUGUUCCCACGGGAUCACACCCUCUCCAUAACACCCCAGUGCUCGGGGGAUGCUCUGUGCUCCUCACCUGCCUGGUGUGGUUUGGGCAGGGGUGAAGUUCCCCACCUGCCUGGUGGUCUCUGCUCUGAGGUGUUGGAAGAAGAGGGUGAGAGGUUUGUAGGGAUAAUGCCAGUGUUUCAGUGGCACAUUGCUGGUUCAUGUCCAUCCUUGGAUUUAAUAGUCAACAUUUGUGCUAUUUCUUGGUUUUCCUGAAGCUGAGGAUGGGGCCAGUCUUUUUCCAGUCCUGGCAUCAGAUGGGGCUGGGCUUUAUCCAGCUCUGGCAUAAGAUGAGGCCUGGCUUUAUCCUGCCUCGGCAUCACUCCAUGACUGUGGCUGGUACUGGGACCUUGGGGCUGCUUGGAGCUGGCACUGGCCCUGCCUGGGGCAGGUGUAACAAAACACCUUCCCAGAGGGUUAGGAGAGGGAUGGGAAGGACUAAAGGAAAGGAUUUUUUUAAAAUGUUUAAUAUUUCCUCUGUCACCACUCUUUGCUUUUGUUUGGAACUGUCCCAUCCAGAGCUGCUCCUCCAUCAUCACUCCUGCCUUCACGGGAUGCUGCCAGAGCAGAGAAUGCUGUGGAUGAAUGGGAAUUGCAAACAUGCCAAAACCACUCCAAAAGGCAUUAUUUAGGGACACGGUAUUUAAGGGCCUGUUUAGUGAUGCUGUGUGAGCACCAGCACAGCCCACCCGGUGCCAGGAGGCUGUUGCCAGCCGUGUCCCCACAAAACCUUUCCAUGCAGUGUCCCCCUUUGGCUCCUCAGAUGCUCCCGUUACUCUGAGACAGGAGUAAGUUCCUUUUCUGAGGCACAUGGGAGCUUUUGGAUGUGCUACCUAGAGGGUUUCUGGGAACAAAAGUUCCAUGCAGACAUAUUUACAAGACGUCUCCUGGAGGAAAGGGAAAUCAAGCCUAAGUUAUUGCUCUUACAGGAGAGCCAGUGGAAUAUUUUUUUUUAAUUAAAACUUUCCAAAAAGAAAAAUUUGGCUGGAACGGUUACUAAAUGUUCCCUUUUUGGGCCAGCUUUAAUAGUGUCGUAAACAUCAGUUUAUUCCAAGACAAAUUAAAGAUAGGAAAUACUUUUUUAAACCAGCCUGACAGGGCAUUUGAUGCUUAAUAUUAAAGUCAUCAGUCAAAGUGAUACGAAAGCUGGGUGGUGGCAUUGCCCAUGAGCAGAGCCUCUCUCACGGUCCCUGGCCUGUCAUUUUGGGCAUUAAACCAAAAAAAAAAGAGGUGGUGCAAUAAUAUCUGUUGGAACCAACGUCGGACAAGCCUCACGGCGCAGCCCUGCCAUAUUUCAGGUCAAGGACACAAGUCUCACAACUCGGUGAGGCCAGGCCACCACGGGCCAGCCUUGGUCCCAGUGUCCCAGUGGCCACUGACACAUGUGGCAUUUCUGAGGUUCCCACAGGCCCGUGGUCAGGCUGUCCUUGUCUCUUUACUGAUUUUCUGGAGUUUUGAAUCGGCAAGUGAAGCAUCUCAGAUGGUUUGAGAGCUCCCAGACUACUGCCAGCGCUCCUGUCACACCUCCCAGUGCCCUGCUGGGGGCUUUGGGUGGGGUGGGUUGGAUCAGGUUGGGUUUGGGAUUGUGUUGGGUUGGAUUUGCAUUGGAUUUGGGUUGGAUUGUACUCAGAUUGGUUUUGGCUUGGUGUUGGGUUGCACUUGGAUUGGGUUCCAUUUGGGUUGGGACUAGGUUGGGUUGGAUUGUGGUUGGAUUAAUUGGGUUGGGCUGGGUUUGUUGGGUCGUGGUUGGGUUUGGGUUGGGAUUAGGUUGAGUUGAAUUGGGUUUGGUGUUGGGUUGUCAUUGGAUUGGGUUGUGUUGAAUUGGAUUGGGUUGGAUUUGGGUUGCGGUUGGACUGGGUUUCCAAAAAAAGCAUCCAAACCCCCUGGUUCAUUGACAGCAGUUCAGCACAUCGAGGGAUCAGGUGGGUCUGUAGCCAAGGGAAGACUUUACCUGCACAAACCCAGAGCCUGGUGGUGGAGGGACGUGGUAUUUUAUCAGCGAGCGUGUGGUAUUUUAAUUAUUCUAAUGAACCAUAAACCUCAAAGCAAUUAUAGUUUGUACAUUUGGGCUAAUUCAAAAUUUUAGCUUUUGGGAAAUAAAGAUUAAAAGCAAAGGGUUUUUUUUUAA